AUGAAAGUAGCUCCAAUUGCCCAGAAAGUGCUGGAAAAAAGGAACAAGGAGCAGUUUUCGUUCGUUACAACAGAGGGAACCGGGAGGAAACUUGAAGAAAACGAACUAAAAUCAAGGAGAUAUAUUAUAUGGACAGCAAAAGGACCAGCUACCUACGCAGAAGUGGAUCGUAACGUUUUCCGUUCAAACAACUUCAAGAUUGUUGAAUACAAUUAUCCUAUUCCAAAACUGGAAUUUAUACACAGACCCUCUUGUGCAAAGAUGUCGACAUAUGGCUCUAUAUCAAUCAGACUGGAGCGGGUUAAAGGUUUUAUGAAAUGGACUUCCCUUCUGUUGCAGAAGACCUUUAAUUUGCAUUGGACAUUCAAUGACUGGCUGGCCGUCGCCAAUAACAAAAUUCCUGAAAGUCCUCCGAAGGUGAUUGAAGCAAGAUAUAAGGACGCAUUUUUGCUGAAUGGAUAUACGGAACUAUAUCAGAGUUAUUACAAUAACAAAACAAAGCCACGUAGUGUCGUCUGGAACACGAUUGACUCAAUGGUGAUAGCUCCUAGACCAGUUGUUGGUUAUGGAGAAGAAGGCCUAGCUGUUUACUACGCAUUGCAAGACUACCCUGUGGUUAAUAUGACUGGCUUUGUAAUUGGAUCGGAAUGGCCAUGGAUAGAAGUGCUGGCACUUCAAAAUGGUGCUGCUAAGGUAGUCACUGUAGAAUACCAAGAAACAAAAAUUGUUGGAACAAAAAAAAUUGAGUAUAUUCAUCCUAUCGAAUUCGCAAAACAAUGGAGCGAAAAAAAUGAAAGUUAUGAUUUCUCAAUUCCUUUCUCUUCCAUCGAGCACAGUGGCUUAGGAAGAUACGGUGAUCCGAUUGAUCCAUCUGGUGAUUUGAAGGAGGUACAGAAGGUGUUGUGCUUACUCAAGCGAGGAGGACUUUUCUACCUUGGCAUUCCUCGCGGUAAAGAUGCGCUUUUUUACAACGCACAUCGAAUUUAUGGUCGAAUGCGAUUGGCUAUGAUGAUGACAGGUUUCCAAUGGUUGGCGACGUACAGAGGAAACAACGCACAUUCGGUAACCGUUACUGAAGAGGACUACAACAGAGUAUCACAUACUCAGGACUUGUACGUAUUAAAAAAGAUCUGA